CGCUUGGUAUUUUAAAAUAGUUACCGCGUGGUCUUACUGUAAACUGUGGUCACACUGGUCUGGUCGUGGGUGGCGCAUCAUCGGUAUUCUGUUGCUAAUUAAACAAGUGCAAAACUACUUUUUUCGCCAGUGGAUUCGAGGAAAUUUAAGUUUGCAAGAAAACAAACGCAAAGGAAGGCAAUCGAUAUUACAGUUGCCGCGUUUGGUAAGCAGCGUCGUUCAAGUGCGUGAGUUGAAGCUAACUGGACCCUUUACACAAGACAAGUCGACAAUGAAAGCAAUAGCAAAGGAACCAGCCCAAAAAAACGGAUAAUCUAAAAAUUUCAGAAAGAAAAAUUCAGCGAUUUUGUAACCGUACCAGACCAAUCCACUGAUUCAAAGGCUAAGUAAGGCGGUUUCGCACAACCGCUGAGGGCUCUUCAUUCAUUUUGUGGUGGGAGGGCGAAUAAACUUACAUUGUUAGACGGAAAUUAAUGACACUACUUGGGCCUAGCGCCCCUGGCAUGGCCUUUAUGAUGAAAAAGAAGAAGUACAAGUUUAACGUUGAAGUGCAGCUGCAGGAUUUGGUAGAGGUGGCCCUGGUUAAUGAGGUGUUGUUCGCAAAGAUACGGUUACUCGAUGGAGGUUCCUUUCAGGAGUACAGUAGUCGCGAGGAUGUGCGAAAUCAUCGAGUAGAAUGGAACCGCAGCUUUGAGUUUCCUUGCAAGAUGAGCGCGAAUGCCUCAACCGGCGUUUUAGAUCCCUGUCACCUGCGUAUAUCAAUACGCAAAGAAAUGAAGGGCGGCCGAAGCUACUAUAAGCUUGGAUUUAUCGACCUCAAUCUGGCCGAAUUCGCUGGAGCCGGCCUCACCUCCCGUCGGUUUCUCCUAGAGGGCUAUGACUCAAGACAUCGCCUAGAUAACUCGAUGUUGCGAGUGAGCAUCAAGAUGCAUAUGCUUAGCGGUGAUAUUCUGUUCAAAGCACCCACGCCAAAUCUGAAAAGCAAGCAGAGCAAGCCUUCAAUGGAUGACUUUUCCAAUGCAGCUACUGGAGUAGGUCUGCAAACUCCGACAGCUACCGCUCUGCCCAGUAUAGGUAGUGGAAGCGGUGGUGCAUCCGUUCCCUUGGGCGGUAGUGGAGCCACUUUGGGCGGCAUCCCCGGCAAUCAGUCGCUACCCGGAACGCGACCCGUUUCCACCACAAAGGAGGAGGCAAUACUUACAGAUAUCGAUAACCAGGCUUUGAUAGCAGCUAUUGUGACGGACUCCGGCUUGUCGGAGUCCUCGGAAUCCGGGUUAACGUUGCCCACGGAUAAUCUCCAGCAGUAUGCCUCAGUCGUCGUAGCUAAUCCUAUUAGUCCUGUGACCCAGCCGCUGCCGGUACUGGGAAUCAUUGGCAGCAACAAUUAUGGAACAACAGGAGGGGGUAUUGGAUUUUCUGGCGCCGGCAACGCCACCCUCAUAGAAAUGGGUCAUUCAAGAAAUUCCAGUAAUACUAGUCAAAUGUCAAAAGGUUCGGGUUAUAGUAGUUUUUCGCACAGUCAACACUCAAGGCAAAGUUCUGAGGGUGAUUCGGGACAUGCUAGCCGACAGCACAGCCAGAAGGGAGAUGAGCAUCAACUAUGUAACAGAGUGCCAGUGGUAGUAGCCCAAAGCCAUCGUGUUCAUACACAUCUCAGUCUCAGCACCACUGUUGAAUACGCUAGCGAUGAACAGCUUUACCAGACUCCAAACGCCACCAUGACCAACUCUCAAAAGUUGGCCUUUGAAGACUUCCGCACUCCGAUUGCAGAACAUGCAGCUCCGUUCUUCCAACCGAUGGGAGCAUGCUGUAGUGGUACUCCCAGCUCUACUUAUCGCAGUGCCGGAUCUCCGUCCCACAGUGGAGAGGCGAGCGAUACAGACGAGUGUCUUAACGACGAUUCGGGCGACAAUGAUUCUGGCCUGGAGGAAAACUUUCAUACGCCCCGUGUGGCCAAGAUUAAGUCGAUGGAGAAUCUCUCCAUUCUGGAGAUGGAGUUUCACAAGGCUUCUAUGGAACUGGACCGCAAUUCACCGCGCCGUCUAAAGCAACUAGCUGAACAUGCGCAGAUCCCCAAAAUGAAGUCGCUAAACAACCUCUGUUUUGACCACUAUGCGGAGCAGUCCGUUCGCGAAGAGUUUCAGCGCAUGCACGAACAGUCGCUCGAAGAGCGAAUGCGCUUCCAACAGCACCAUCAAUUACGGAAGAACUCCAACACAUCGAACGGGUCGGCGACGAAGAUGUAUGUGAAGCAUUUGAGCCACCAGAAUCAUCAUCAUAUUAAAGUCGGUAAUGCCAAGUUCAUCGGGCAGGACGGCAACGAGAGUCCGCAAUCGAUGCACUAUCCCAUUCAGAAGAUGCGUUCAAUGGGUACAAUACAGGACAUUGUGAGCGACCGCAUUGAGCCUGACCCCUUCCUCACUCCAACUACCGAGCGAAAGCCAAAUUUCUCGCGUCUCGUCCAGUCUGCAGAGAAGCCGGUCCUGGGCAGCAGCUACGUCAAUCGUCUACUUACCUACGAUGUCGUGGACUCGCCGUCAGAGCCAUUCAACAGCUCAAUGUCCUUUAUGUCCCGUACCCCCUUUCAGCGAGCUUAUCGGCGUAACAUGCAGCAAGGCAGCUCUUCGACGCCUCUGGCUACUCAGGAUUCGUUCGCCGUGAGACCACAUUCCACGAAUGCUGCCUAUGAACUAAUGAGAAACUUCAGUGGAGUUCCUCGUCGGCUCUUUGAUGGAAAUAGCACCACUGCAGGACAGAACAGCAACAUAGGUGCUGCAAGCAACAACAGACAACAGCAGCCCAGUGCGGCAGGAACUAAUAGUUUUUUUGGAUCCAAUUCAUCACCUUGUGGAACUUUGGCCAGUAUACACUCAAACCACUCGGCCUCCUCGUCAAAUGGCAGCAACAGCAGCAGCAGCGGAGCAGUCAUUACCUUCCAAUGUAACACAGGCAGUGGACAGGACACAGUGGACUCAGCAAACCAUCAACCGCAGAUGACAGAGGGAUCACCCAACGGUCAUGGUAGCAGCCCCCGGUUAGGCAACGUCAUGUCAGGCGAUGCCAUUAGCUCGAUGGCCGCCAGUCCCACAGACGCUUGUAGCAUCCGUUCUAAUCCGUCGGCCGCCUCUCUUCUCCUUUCCACGUCGGCAGCUGCAGCAGAGGCUUCUGCAUUGGCCUCGGCAACUACUAUGUCCGUUUCCGGAGCAACACUUUCACCUCUAGCCACCACCCAAAUCAUUCGCCGGCCUAGCAUCACAAUGAUGAAUCCCAGCUCCGGUUCGUUAGUUAUUAGUGAGACGGGAUCCCUUGAUCGGACGAAAAGCAGCGGUGAGAAGCGCAAAAAGGGUGCGCUCGAUGACGGGCCACGUGUUUCCGACCGAGUGGAGGAGACACGGGUGAAUCCAGACUCGUUAAUUGAUGAGAUUUUAAAGGAUACUAAACUCGAUCAGCUGGAGGAGUCCGCAGAAACCUCAGGCCUUCAACUGUACAUCGCUCGCGAUGGAACCGCCUCCCUGGGCGGACACGAGGUUAAAUCAAGCGUACGAGCGGGCGCCCUAAAGCAGGUGGUCAUGCAGGAUAGAAGAUAGUAGUAUCCGAGACUCACAGCUCCUUUCUACAAUUAAUUAGAAGACCUAUUGAUCAAUUAAAAAUGGAAUAUUGAACUAAACGAAUAGUUUAGGUAAUGCAAACAUUUUUACUUGCAAACUAAAGGGAGAAUUCAAAUACGCUAUAUAUGAGUAUAUAAAAUGAUUGUCGGAACUACACUGCUAUGAAUGUAAUUAACUAACUACACAUAUAUGUGUUUAUAGACAAAUACGCAUGUAUAUUAUAGAUUUGUUAAAAGGCAUAACUUGUCGUGUUGUAUUUGCAAGUGUUGUGAGUCAGGUAAACAACCGUUAAUUAUUAGGAAAACCAAAAAUGAAAUUCAUAAAACUGCACUUUAUAUAUGCAUGAAAAAUUACUCGCAAAGGAAUACGAUUAAAUGUUCUAAAUUUGAUUUUCGAAUAUAUAAUUUUAUGUUUUGCUUCUAUUAAUAUGUCCAGCUUCAUGGCAUUUAUAAAUAUAUGCAAAAAAUAAUAGAAUAAAUAAAGCAAAUGUCAUGUUAAGCAAAAAGCUUCAGAAAUAAAUCACAUUGUAAUAGUCA